ACGUUACUCGGUGUUUUGCAAAAGUCAGAAAGUAGGUCACAUCUUCAGAUCUUAUCAGUGUGGUUUGGAUCUGGGUGCAUACAAAAGAAAAUGGAAUCCAGAUAUGAUAUAGAUGGAAGAAUGGGAAGCAAAACAGUUACACUGUUAAAGAGACUGUUGCCUUAUGAUCCACCAAGAUGGGCACAAGGCCUCAAGAAUAUUCCCAGAAAUCUGAUACGGCUGAGCCCAAGAGAUGAUGAUAAGGUGGGAAUGAUAAACCCCUGGAACCUUCCCAGUAUUCCAAAGCAGUUUGAAGUUUUUAUCAGACGAGAGGAUGCUAUUGGUGCAGCCAUUUCAGGAAACAAGGUCAGAAAACUUGAAUUCCUAUUGGCUGAUGCGAUAGAGAAGGGUUGCAAGCAUGUGAUUACUUGUGGUGGAAUUCAGUCCAAUCACUGCAGAAUCACCGCAUUGGCCGCCAGAGAGCUGGGGAUGACACCUCAUUUAGUGCUGAGGGCAAAUAUUGGGAGUGAAUCUGAUGUUGGUUGUGAAGGCAAUGUAUUGUUGAAUAGAAUGUGUGGUGCUCAAAUGUACAUGGUGCCAAAAUUAUCUCCCUACCUCUCAGAACUGAAACCAAGAAUGGAGAAACUUGCUGAAACCAUUAGAGAGAAGACAGGAGAGGAGAGCUAUUUGAUACCUGUGGGUGGAUCCAAUACUUUGGGAGUGUUUGGCUUUCUUACAGUGUUUGAAGAGUUGUUGCCUCGUAUACCAUGGAUCACAGAUAUUGUGGUGGCUUGUGGUAGUGGAGGGACUGUUGGUGGACUAUGUAUAGCCAAUCAUCUCACAGGAUCAAAGGUCAAGUCAGUAUCAUCAUAAAAGAUCAAAGGUCAAAUCAUUACUUGUAACAUAUUCAUCUUACAGAA